GUGAUAUAGAUUAAUUGUGAAUUAUAAAUCAGCACAGUCAUUUCUUUUCUCAGGACUGAAAAAACCAAAUUGCAGUUGCUCAGGGUCCAGGACAGCGUGAGUGGAAGCUUUGACCAGCCCGAUCGCCCGCCCUGCGAUUUAGUCAGCUUCGAUUCUGGAGGUUCUGGGGUUUUGCUGCGCUGGGUCAUCUUCCUCCGACACAAAGCACUUCCUCCUUUCUCAAGCAACUGUCUUUCUCCGAUAACUUCUUCUAACCUUUCCACUAUACCCUUUCAUACUCGCGUUUAUCUGCCGGGACGACGAACCCCCGUUCCCUACGAUCGGUCGCCGCCUGAACGCUGCCGCUAAAGGAGUAUCGCCGCUUUCCACCGCCAACGAACACAAGCAGUCAUGGGAGGUUCACUUUCGCGACUAUGGUCCUUGUUAUGGGCAAAAAAGGAAAUUCGAAUUUUGAUUCUUGGACUUGACAAUGCUGGCAAGACCACUCUCCUCUACAGGUUAAAGAUCGGCGAAGUCGUGACCACAAUACCCACCAUCGGAUUCAACGUAGAAUCAGUGACGUACAGAAAUUUGAACUUUAAUGUUUGGGAUCUCGGAGGCCAAACCUCUAUUCGUCCAUACUGGCGGUGCUACUACGCUAACACCGCUGCCGUCGUUUUCGUGAUCGAUUCCACAGAUGUUGAACGUCUCAAUACAGCUGCCGAUGAACUUUCUGCAAUGCUAAAUGAGGAGGAGCUGCGUGAAGCUGCACUUCUGGUCUUCGCAAACAAACAAGAUCAGCCCGGUGCAAAGGGCGCUGGAGAAAUAUCAGAGGCACUAAAACUUGGGGAACUGCGGGAUAGGAACUGGAGCAUUGUGGCAUGUUCUGCCAUUGAUGGUAAAGGUCUAAACGAAGGCAUGGACUGGUUGGUGCAAACUCUUCAAUCCGAAAACGCAUAAGCGCUGGCGUCUUUUGUCGUGCGAUAGAAUCUUUUAAUAUUCCCCUCCUCGGCAUUUGAUGCUAUGGAGUGCAUGUCGUUAUACAGUAUAUUUUUUUUUGAUGUGGGGAUUUUGAGACGAGACGAGCGUAAUAUCAUAAUUGAUUCGAAUAUGUCCAGUUGGCUUUGUUCGAUUUUCCUUGUGUUUGGCAUGACAUGGAGCUGUGGUUGGAACUGGUUAUAUGAAGCCUUGGAGCGCGCGAACAUGCUUGGGUGUAUAAAUCAACAGCAACUACUACUGCAUUGUACCAGACUUUGAAAAUAUUACUGAUUAGUAUAAAUCACUAGUAACUGUCAACUGUUUCUAAC